AAGCCUGUCCCUUUAAGGGGGUUGGCUGUCAAUCAGAAAGCCCUUUUCAUUGCAGGAGAAGAGGACAAAGAUACUCAGAGAGAAAAAGUAAAAGACCGAAGAAGGAGACUGGAGAGACCAGGAUCCUUCCAGCUGAACAAAGUCAGCCACAAAGCAGACUAGUCAGCCGGCUACAUUUGGAGUCAGAGUCCCAAAGACAUGGGCUUGUUAGAGUGCUGUGCAAGAUGUCUGGUAGGGGCCCCCUUUGCUUCCCUGGUGGCCACUGGAUUGUGUUUCUUUGGGGUGGCACUGUUCUGUGGCUGUGGACAUGAAGCCCUCACUGGUACAGAAAAGCUAAUUGAGACCUAUUUCUCCAAAAACUACCAGGACUAUGAGUAUCUCAUCAAUGUGAUCCAUGCCUUCCAGUAUGUCAUCUAUGGAACUGCCUCUUUCUUCUUCCUUUAUGGGGCCCUCCUGCUGGCUGAGGGCUUCUACACCACCGGCGCAGUCAGGCAGAUCUUUGGCGACUACAAGACCACCAUCUGCGGCAAGGGCCUGAGCGCAACGGUAACAGGGGGCCAGAAGGGGAGGGGUUCCAGAGGCCAACAUCAAGCUCAUUCUUUGGAGCGGGUGUGUCAUUGUUUGGGAAAAUGGCUAGGACAUCCCGACAAGUUUGUGGGCAUCACCUAUGCCCUGACCGUUGUGUGGCUCCUGGUGUUUGCCUGCUCUGCUAUACCUGUGUACAUUUACUUCAACACCUGGACCACCUGCCAGUCUAUUGCCUUCCCCAGCAAGACCUCUGCCAGUAUAGGCAGUCUCUGUGCUGAUGCCAGAAUGUACGGUGUUCUCCCAUGGAAUUCUUUCCCUGGCAAGGUUUGUGGCUCGAACCUUCUGUCCAUCUGCAAAACAGCUGAGUUCCAAAUGACCUUCCAUCUGUUUAUUGCUGCAUUUGUGGGGGCUGCAGCUACAUUGGUUUCCCUGCUCACCUUCAUGAUUGCUGCCACUUACAACUUUGCCGUCCUUAAACUCAUGGGCCGAGGCACCAAGUUCUGAUCCCCCGUAAAAAUCCCCCUUUCUCUAAUAGCGAGGCUCUAACCACGCAGCCAACAAUACUGCGUCUCCCAUCUUAACUCUUUGCCUUUGCCACUGACUGGCCCUCUUCUUACAUGAUGAGUGUAACAAGAAAGGAGAGUCUUGCAGUGAUUAAGGUCUCUCUGUGGACUCUCCCCUCUUAUGUACCUCUUUUAGUCAUUUUGCUUCACAGCUGGUUCCUGCUAGAAAUGGGAAAUGCCUAAGAAGAUGACUCCCCAACUGCAAGUCACAAAGGAAUGGAGGCUCUAAUUGAAUUUUCAAGCAUCUCCUGAGGAUCAGAAAGUAAUUUCUUCUCAAAGGGUGCUUCCACUGAUGGAAACAAAGUGGAAGGAAAGAUGCUCAGGUACAGAGAAGGAAUGUCUUUGGUCUCCUUGCCAUCUGUAGGGGCCAAAUGUAUUCUCUUUGGUGUACAAAACAGAGAACUCACUCUGGUCUCCCUAUUACCACUGAAGAUAGAAGAAAAAGGAAUGUCAGAAAAACCAGUAAGAGCGUUUGCCCAAAUCUGCCUAUUGCAGCUGGGAGAAGGGGGUCAAAGCAAGGAUCUUUCACCCACAGAAAGAGAGCACUGACCCCGGUGGCGAUGGACUACCAAAGCCCUAAUUCAGCCAACCUUACUUACAGCAUAAGGGAGCGUAGUGUCUGUGUAGACGAAGGGGGCAUCUGGCCUUACACCUCGUUAGAGAAGAGAAACAGGGUGUUGUCAGCAUCUUUUUACUCCCUUCUCCUUGAUAACAGCUACCAUGACAACCCCAUGGUUUCCAAGGAGCUGAGAAUAGAAGGAAACUAGCUUACACGAAAACAGACUGGCCUAAGGAGCAGCAGUUGCUAGUGGCUAAUGGUGUAACCUGAGAUGGCCCUCUGGUAGACACAGGAUAGAUAACUCUUUGGAUAGCAUGUCUUUUUUUCUGUUAAUUAGUUGUGUACUCUGGCCUCUGUCAUAUCUUCACAAUGGUGCUCUUUUCAUGGGGUAUUAUCCAUUUAGUCAUCGGAGGUGAUUUGAAGAUCUUGAUGUGUUUUAGAAUGGUGCACAUUUUGUGUAUUCCAAUUUGUUUAUUACUUAUUUGGGGUUGCAUCAGAAAUGUCUGGAGAAUAAUUCUUUGAAUAUGACUCUUUUUUAAAAUAGGAAAAUUGGACAUUAAGCAUUAAAAAUGAUAUUAAAAAUUGGCUAGUUAGAUGAACCUAUUGCGAUUUUCUACAAGUAUUCUGCCUUUGCAGAAACAGAUUUGGUGAAUUUGAAUCUUAAUUUGAGUAAUCUGUUUGAUUGUUCUUUCUAGCUAAUGGAAAAUGAUUUUACUUGCAAUAUUAUCUUGGUGUGUUAAGAGUUAGGUUUAACAUAAAGGUUAUUUUCUCCUGGUAUAGAUCGCAUAACAGAAUGCACCAGUCAUCAGCUAUUCAGUUGGUAAGCUUCCAGGAAAAAGGACAGGCAGAAAGAGUUUGAAAUCUGAAUAGCUCCCAGAUUUUAGUCUUUUCCUGUUUUUGUUAACUUUGGGUUUAAACAAAAGUCUGAUUGGUUUUAAUUGAAGGAAAGAUUUGUACUACAGCUCUUUUGUUGUAAAGAGUUGUGUUGUUCUUUUCCCCCAACGUGGUUUCAGCAGUAUUUAAGGAGAUGUAAGACCUUUACAAAAAGAUACUUGAUACUUGUUUUCAAAUCAGUGUGCAUGAUAAGCUUCCAGGCUGCACAGAGGGAGGAGAGGGAAAAUGUUUUGUAAGAAACCAAUCAAGAUCAAGGACAGUGAAGUAAUCCAUACCUUGUGUUUUGUUUUGAUUUAAUAACAUAACGAAUAACCAACCCUUCCCUGAAAACCUCACAUGCAUACAUACACAUAUAUACACACACAAAGAGAGUUAAUCAACUGAAAGUAUUUCCUUCAUUUCUGAUAUAGAAUUGCAAUUUUAACACACAUAAAGGAUAAACUUUUAGAAACUUAUCUUACAAAGUGUAUUUUAUAAAAUUAAAGAAAAUAAAAUUAAGAAUGUUCUCAAUCAAA